CGCGGAAUAAUUCUUAUCGCUUAUCAGCACCGACCGCCAUGACGCCGUUUAGAAGCAUCCAAACCUUAGAUGGAGGAUAUCACGGAAUGCAUCUCUCUAGCUGCAAUCAAGUAUUUCAAAAUUAUCAACAAUGGGGAACAAUCCCAGUACUCAUAAGGUAUCUGCGCAGGAUAAGUAAGGAGCUCUCCAGCUGUUCCUCACGUCUACAUCCACUAACUCAUCAACUGCAGAGCUAUCCUGGACAUGAAGAACCAGCGGGACAAACUUCACCAAUAUCAACGACGUAUAACUGUACUCACCGAUCGCGAAACGGCUAUUGCCAAAGAGAUGUUAGCGAAAGGCGACAAGAAACGAGCUCUCCUAGCCCUACGACGAAAAAAAUAUCAAGAAUCUCUGCUGGCAAAGACGGAUGCGCAACUCGAGCAAUUGGAGAAACUGACUAGUAGUGUGGAGUUCGCGUUGGUACAAAAGGAUAUUAUAUUUGGUUUACAACAAGGCACGAACGUGCUGAACCAGAUCCAUAAGGAAAUGGGAGGACUAGAUCAUGUGGAGAAAUUGAUGGGAGAGACAGCGGAUGCUAUUGCUUAUCAACAGGCAAGUGCUUUAUCUAUCGUGUGAUGAUUUGUUACUCUACUGACUUCAUAUUUGUAGGAGGUGAGCGAUAUGUUGGGUGGGAUGAUGUCAAAUCAGGACGAGGAUGAGGUAGAGGAUGAACUGGCUGCUCUGGAAGCGGAAGUCACAGGUGUUCCACUACCUGAAGUUCCUACGCCGGGUUUACCAUUGAAAGAAUCCUUACCUGAUGUGCCAAGGUCAGAACUUUCGAGUAAAGAUCGGGCAAAAGCAAGACAACUUGAGCGCGAUGAACAGCAAGUCGCAAUGUUGGCUUAGGCGUUUUUAAUUUGUUGGGCAUUUAAAGGAGUUAUGCGAGCAUUGCUGGUUGGAUACCCGAUUCAUUAUUUUACACUCUUUAAGCAUCAUCAAUUGUAGAUAUGGAUUAGUAUUUUACUGAGAACCG